UCUCAUCUCACUUAACGUCACAACCAUCUCUCAACGCGUCUCUAAACCAAACAUCGUCAUUCAUUAGCUGCUCCCAGCCAAAAAAGAAAAAAAGGAAAAUGGCGACACGCGUGAUUCCAGGGCGCAGUUUCACGCUGCGAGGCGUUGUAGCUGGUCUCGCAGUUGGCACCAUCAUCUGCUUCUCCAAUAUGUACUUUGGCUUGCAGACAGGAUGGGUUUCCAUCAUGUCAAUGCCUGCGAGUCUCAUGGGCUUUGGUAUUUUCAGGCUCCUUGCACCGCAUCUGAGGUUUCCAUUUUCUCCUGUUGAGAACGUAUUGCUCCAGAGCGUAGCUUGUGGCAUGGCUAUUAUGCCACUUGGAUGCGGCUUCGUUGGUGUUAUCCCGGCAUUGAACUAUCUUUUGGCUCAAGAUGAGCAAGGCCCGAUCAAUCUGAGUACCUGGCAGCUCAUCAUCUGGUCUUUGGGACUCUGCUACUUUGGCGUCGUCUUUGCUGUUCCCCUACGUAAGCAAGUCAUCAUCCGAGAGCGCCUCAAAUUUCCCAGUGGAUUCAGUACGGCCGUACUGAUCUCAGUAUUGCACGGACAAGGUCGCCAAUCGACAAAAGACGAGCUUGACGCUGCUGCUAAAGGCGGCUUUGCAAGCCUCGUUCCUCGUGACGAGCCUCUUCAACCAGACGCCAUUGGCCGAGCUGCUACGGAUCAGGAGCAUCAACAGAGUGCUGGAGAUGACGUGUCGGACAAAGGAGACUGGGCAGCCAAUAUCAAACUGUUACUUUUGUGUUUUGGCGGCUCUGGGCUUUAUACUCUGGCGACAUAUUUUUUCCCUAUACUGCGCAACUUGCCAAUCUUUGGUUCUGCCGCAGCUCACACAUGGCUCUGGACAUUCAACCCCAGCUUUGCUUAUAUCGGCCAGGGAAUCAUCAUGGGGACCGAAACGACGCUGCAUAUGCUUCUUGGUGCUGUAGUUGGCUGGGGAAUCCUCAGUCCUCUGGCCAAAUCUCGGGGAUGGGCGCCUGGAGAUGUUGAUGAUUGGGAACGUGGUAGCAAGGGAUGGAUCAUUUGGAUCUCGCUGGCUAUUAUGCUAGCGGAUGCAAUCGUCAGCCUUGCUUACGUUGCCCUCCGCGGAAUCUUUACCAGCCAAAAGGUUACUGGGAUUAUGUCUUCCCUACGUCAGAGAGUACAGGAACAUGGCGUCUCUGGCCUGUGGAAGAACCCGAGCCAUGACUAUUCACCACUCUUGAGUAACGAGACUGAGCCUGCUCAGAGGUGCUAUGGAGCUGAUGAAUAUGCCCCUAUCCAAGAUGAUGAUGAGGAGGAUGCUCCUCCGCACCAGCGCAUUGGGCCCCGUAUGGUAACGAUCGGCCUUCUUGCUUCGAUAGCUCUGUGCGUCCUCACUAUUCAUUUGGUCUUUGGUGACCUUGUACCGCUCUAUGCCACCACCAUUGCUGUUCUCAUGGCUCUAGUGUUAAGCAUCAUGGGAGUUAGGGCGCUGGGUGAGACGGAUUUGAACCCCGUAUCUGGCAUUAGCAAACUUGCGCAGCUAUUCUUUGCCUUUAUCAUCCCUCAGACUCACAAGUCCAGUGUCUUGAUCAACCUGAUCGCUGGUGCGGUAUCCGAAGCUGGUGCUUUACAAGCUGGCGAUCUCAUGCAGGACCUGAAAACUGGGCACUUACUGGGAGCAGCUCCGAAAGCCCAAUUCUGGGGUCAAGUCAUUGGAGCAAGCGUCGGUGCUGUUCUGAGUGCAUUCAUCUACCGUGUCUACACGAGCGUAUAUAUGAUUCCUGGUGAUCUCUUCCAGGUACCAACCGCCUACGUCUGGAUAUUCACUGCAAGGCUUGUCACAGGUUCUGGGCUACCAUAUCGCGUCAAGGAAUGGGCCAUUGGAACUGCGGUUCUAUUCGCAGUUGCCACUAUCACCAGAACGCUCGCUAUCGGUAAGAGAUGGCGACCUCUGAUUCCUGGUGGCAUUGCUGUCGCCGUUGGCAUGUAUAACGUCCCAUCUUUCACGCUGGCUCGAACCGUUGGCGGUCUGUUUGCAUGGUACUGGACUCAUAUCGCGCGACGGACGCAGACCCCUCUAAUCAUCCUUGCUUCAGGAUUCAUUCUUGGCGAGGGUUUCCUGAGCAUUGUAAACCUCUUGCUGCAAGGCCUGGAUGUUCCUCAUCUGUGACUGCAUCACAUACCAUAUUCCACCCGUGGAGACACCAUCUUCUCAGACUUUGCUGGCCGCGUACAAGCUGAUAAAAGAUGCGUCUAUUUCAGUUGCCAUGAGUGCUUCCUUGAACCACCCUCAGAAUCUGUCCAAGAAGCCCUGAGAACCAGCGCUCGGGCAUUGUCAUCAGCUGCCGCAAAAACGAUAUCUCCGGAGAGACUCUGGGGCGACUUGGCAGAUGAUUUGGCCUCUGGAGGAGCGAGAAGAAGGCCCUGCUUCCAGUGUGUGACAGUACCAGAAGGGCCGGUAGUGAACGCGACGCCUCCAUGGUCUUUCUUGUCCCAGGUCUCUGGUGUUGUCUCGGCAGGGGGCACUGGGUCGCUUCUGGAUGUCGUGAAGAAGUUGUCGAACCAAAUGAGGAACCCGUCAACAUUUUCGACAUCACGGGUGAGUUUCGACGACCACGUGGCGCUGAACUGAAGAUCCUCGGUCUUGACGGUAUGGAGAUCAAGCACCUUGAAGGGGUAGGGUUCACCACAGACAGAACUUUGUGGCAUGGCCUCGACACGGGCCUCUUCGUAGAUACCUUCUUGCAUAGUCUUCAUAUCAAAGCCGUAAACGUCUCUCCAGAAAGAGAUGUGGUCUGAAACAUACUCGGGGUCUGCGAUGGGGGCAAUCCAGAUUGUGGCAGAGCUGGGCGCGAGAAUACCAUCAGGCUUCAGGUAACGGUCUCGAGCAUACAAGACACUUGGAAGCAUAGCCUCAUAGAGAAGACAGUAGCCCAUCCACUCGCUGACAAUAAUAUCGACCUGGUCUACAGGCAGCUUGACAUCCUCGAUGGCGCCCUUGAGAGUUGUGAUAACAUCGGACAGACCGUUGUGGAAAAUGUUCUCCCUAGC